AUGGCUGCUGCAGCUCAGCUCCCCCCCGCCCAACGCGCCGUUAUCCAAGCCACCGACCCCCCCGGCUCGCUUAUUCUUGUCCAUGACCGGCCCCUCCCGACGCUGGACCCUGACCAAGUGCUCGUCAAGGUCCAUGGCGUCGCCCUGAACCCCUGCGAUUGGAAAAUGCCCUCCAACUUCCCCACACCGGGCGCGGGCAAUGGCUCCGACUUUACCGGCGUCGUCGUGGCCCUGGGCGAUCCGUCCAACACCCGCUUUGCCGUGGGCGACCGCGUCGCUGGCGCCGUUCAUGCGUCUGACCCGCUCAACCCCCAGUCCGGCUGUUUCUCCGACUAUACUGCUGCCUAUUCCGACCUGAUCUGGAAAGUGCCCAAUGCAUUUGGAUGGGAGCAGGCCGCUGCCAUUGGGGGCUGUGUUGUUGGCAGUCUCGGCCUGGCUCUUGAUGCCCUGAAGCUGCCCGCCACUCUGGACAAGCCGGCCGAGAAGCCGUUUUUCGUGCUAGUCUACGGAGGCAGUAGUGCGAGCGGCACCAUGGCGAUUCAGCUGCUGAAACUAUGCGGUGUCCGGGUAGUCACGACGUGCUCGCACAAGAACUUUGCGCUGGUGGCCAAAUACGGCGCCGAGAAGGCGUUUGACUAUUCGUCUCCGACGUGUGCGGCUGACAUUCGCGCGUACACGUCCGGCUCGCUCAAGUACGUCCUCGACAUCAUAGCCGACCUAGGCUCGUUGAGGGUGUGCGAAGCUGCCAUUGGCCGGGCCGGGGGGCGCUACGUCGGCUUCGAGCGCAUCCCAGACGAGAUCACGAACGGCGGAGGCCGUAGGGCCAUCCACUGGAGCUGGGUGCUGGGAAUCACGCUGACGGGGAAGAAAAUCGACCUUGGCGGAGGUUAUGGCAGCGAGGCCAACGCGGCGCGGAGAGAAUUCGGCAAGGCUUGGUACGAAAAGGUCCAAGUGCUGAUUGACGGCGGGCUCCUCAAGCCGCAUCCGCCAAGGGUCAAUGAGGGAGGCCUGGCUGCGCUUCCCGACGCAGUUGAUGGGAUGAGAAGGAAGGGAGUGUCGGGCGCGAAGAUGGUGUAUCGUAUUUAUUGA